AGUCUCUCUUGAAGGGGUCACUGAACUGCUACGUCACACAUUUGGAAUAAGAGGGCCGGUCUAUUGAGCGUUUCCGGAGGAGGUGGAUAAUCCCAAUCUCCUAAUACGACCACAAAGGUAUUGCCUCCGACCCGGCACAAGGGAACCAGCGACCGCUUCUCAGGAUCAAAUGCAAAUUAAUAUUUAAAUUAUUGGAAAUCCGGAUUCUAGUCGAGAUGCUAUUUUGUGUCCCUAGGUGUCUUCAUUGUGUAAAAUAGGGGGGGGGGGGACGUCAGUCCAAAUAAUGUGACAGCUGUCGUUGCGUACGUGACGUUUUUUGGGGGAAGGAACUGCCAUUUGUUUUGCGUAUCGGCUCAAUGGCGAGCCUUUAUUUCGCCCUUACUUUGAUCGUGGUGACGUUUUGGAGGGCCGACGGCGAGCCCCGAAGUCUGUCUUUUUCUCCCGUCUCGCCGACGAACGCGACGUCUGCGGCCUCGGGAUCCGUCAGCCUCCGACACGAUGACGGCGGCGGCGGCCACCACAACAACGACACCCACGCGGGCGUCGGUUCGCCAACCUCGUCCAUCAUGACGCACCUGCCCACGCUGAAAGUCAUCGUCAUUCUCACCUGCGUGGUGACCGGCGCUCUCAUCACCUGCCUGCUCUUCAAAGUGGUCAGAUCUGGGCGAAGAAUCAGGAAAACCCGAAAGUAUGACAUCAUCACGACCCCCGCUGAGCGAGUUGAGAUGGCCCCCCUCAAUGACGAAAAUGAUGACGAGGACGACUCCACUUUGUUUGACGUCAAUUACAGGUGAGUUUGUCAGGCCUUGACGUUUCCAUCAACCUCGUUUGCUCCGUCACGUCCGCGGUCCAGAGCCACGCGUCAAAGCGCACGGCACCAUCAACGCUAUUUUGACUCAACUUGCAUCCCAAAUCUGUCUGCUAAGCCGUCUUUAGUGCACAUCAGGGGAAGCCGCUACAUUUGUCACGAUACGUGUGAACUCAUUUGCUGCUAAUUCCGCCGUAGCUUACCGAUUGGAAGAACACUCGUCUGUAGUUGGCUCGUUUUUUUUUUGUUUUUGUUUUUUUUUUGUGGCAGACUGUGGAGCACUUCCACAAUUGACAUCCUUUUUUCAUCAACGGAUUGGGGAAGAUUUUACUUAAUAAUUCAGACUGUAAAGUUUAAUUUAAUAUGUUAUAUUAUGACCCUUGGAGCAUAAGUGCCCAAGUAAUUUUUAACUUCCUGUCACAAUCUCAAUUUAAAAAAUGACCAAUGUGCUUUCAAAGAUUUUUGUUUUCUUCAUGUCUGUAGAUUUUUCAGUUAUCCCAUUCAUAGUAAUAAUGUGAUGAUCUAGAAUCGAGGCAACUGGGUUAUUGUAUGUUCUAUAUAUAUUUUUUGGGGGUGGGGGGGGUUUAAAAAGUUAGAAUACAAUUUAGGCCACAAUGCGACGACACAAGCGAUCCGUUUUCUUAAUCUGCAUACAGACAGAGUUCAAGUCAAAGGAAAGGCUUCAAACAUGACAAUGCGCUUCGAAUCCGAUAUUUGCUUCGCUUCAGUGAAUUCGUUUCCCCAAAUUAUUUCUCAAAGUAAUAUCAAUGGAAUAACCCCCCCCACCCAAAAAUAAAAAAUCUAAGCAAUGUGAAACACGGCUUCUUUUCUGAAAUAAUAUCAAGUGCAAAGAUUCUAAAUAAUCAAGCACCACUCCAACAAGAUCAUUUGAAUAAGUGACCUUCUGUUGUCUAUUAUUCACAUUCGUGCAAAAAAGUUUGUGUUCGAUUCCUCUGUUUGGUUCUUUGUGAAACCAACCGUUGUUCAACUGAAAAUGCAUCAUCGCUGAUUGUCCAUUUGUGACGAUACAAACAAGGCUGCAGGGUGGAAUGUCAGACAAAGUUCAGAAAACACAUUUUAUGUCGUCUGGUGGGGCUUGUCUCAUAGUCAAACGUCGAUCUGAAAUCACAGCAAAUGUGACGCGGUUUUGGCCAACUGUGCUGUCUCUUAAAAAAAAGUUCAAGCGAUGAAUCGCAUCUGGGAUUUAAUUUGAGCAGCAUCUUCUGCUAACCUGGGUGAGCUAUUUGAAAAGUGGAGCCAAUUUUGCAGCGGCUUCCCUGAACGGUUUGCAAACGUGGCCUCCUUUGUUUCCUUUUGUGAAAUAAAACCACCUUUUCCAGUU